UCGAACUCUUAGCCUCAAGCUAUCCUCCUGCCUGGGCCUCCCAAAGAUUUGGGAGCAGGCCUGGGCAACUUAGUCUGGCCAUUUCUCCCAAAGUCUUACCCAUUCAUGCUGGGGGUGCUGAAAAUCCCCUACUUCCAAAUCCUUUUCCACAACAUAUUCUGCCUUUGACUGCUACUCUUGUCUUAUUAUGUGGGUGUUGAAUUGAUCUGUCCCUGCAGCCAGAUCCAGGCUCCUGGAAGAACCAUGUCCGGCAGCUACUGGUCGUGCCAGGCACACACUGCUGCUCAAGAGGAGCUGCUGUUUGAAUUAUCUGUGAAUGUUGGGAAGAGGAAUUGCAGAGCUGUCGGCUGAAAAUUAUCCAACCAAGAGAAAUCUGCAGGAUGGACUUUCUGGUCCUCUUCUUGUUCUACCUGGCUUCGGUGCUGAUGGGUCUUGUUCUUAUCUGUGUCUGCUCGAAAACCCAUAGCUUGAAAGGCCUGGCCAGGGGAGGAGCACAGAUAUUUUCCUGUAUAAUUCCAGAACGUCUUCAGAGAGCCGUGCAUGGAUUGCUUCAUUACCUUUUCCAUACGAGAAACCACACCUUCAUUGUCCUGCACCUGGUCUUGCAAGGGAUGGUUUAUACUGAGUACACCUGGGAAGUAUUUGGCUACUGUCAGGAGCUGGAGUUCUCCUUGUAUUACCUUCUUCUGCCCUAUCUGCUGCUAGUUGUAAACCUGUUUUCUUUCACCCUGACUUGUGUAACCAAUCCUGGCAUUAUAACAAAAGCAAAUGAAUUAUUAUUUCUUCAUGUUUAUGAAUUUGAUGAAGUGAUGUUUCCAAAGAACGUGAGGUGCUCUACUUGUGAUUUAAGGAAACCAGCUCGAUCCAAGCACUGCAGCGUGUGUAACUGGUGCGUGCACCGUUUCGACCAUCACUGUGUUUGGGUGAACAACUGCAUUGGGGCCUGGAACAUCAGGUACUUCCUCAUCUACCUCUUGACCUUGACGGCCUCAGCUGCCACCGUCGCCAUUGUGAGCACCACUUUUCUGGUCCACUUGGUGGUGAUGUCAGAUCUAUACCAGGAGACUUACAUCGAUGAUCUUGGACACCUCCAUGUUAUGGACACGGUCUUUCUUAUUCAGUACCUGUUCCUGACUUUUCCACGGAUUGUCUUCAUGCUGGGCUUUGUUGUGGUCCUGAGCUUCCUCCUGGGUGGCUACCUGUGCUUUGCCCUGUAUCUGGCGGCCACCAACCAGACUACUAACGAGUGGUACAGAGGUGACUGGGCCUGGUGCCAGCGUUGUCCCCUUGUGGCCUGGCCUCCGUCAGCAGAGCCCCAAGUCCACCAGAACAUUCACUCCCAUGGGCUUCGGAGCAACCUUCAAGAGAUCUUUCUACCUGCCUUUCCGUGUCAUGAGAGGAAGAAACAAGAAUGACAAGUUCGUGACUGCCUUUGAGCUGUAGUUCGUGUUUAUUUACACAUGUGGAUCCUCGUUUUCCAA